GUCGCGGAGGUUUCACUUUUGGGUCUGGGAACCUUCAGGCUGUGUGCGCGCUGGGCAACUCCAGGGCAGAGGCUUCCAAUCCUGGCCGGCAGGGCAGCCUGGCUUCGGCUUCGUGGGCACAGGCACGCGACGGUCACGGUCACUGCCCUGAGAGAGGAAGGCCGGACCAGCUGCCCUCCUCAGGAGCAUGGCAUCGGCCUUUGAGAAGGUGGUCAGGAGUGUGGUCCGGGAGCUGGACCACAAGGAGCUAACCCCUGUGGACAGCCUGCGGAGCUCCGCCAGCUUCCAGCCCUACAGCCUUUUGAGCAGGAAGCCCUUGAGCUCACGGUUCUGGAGACCACGCUACAUGUGUGUCAACUUGUCCAUCAGGGACAUCCUGGAGCCCGACAUGCCGGAGCCAGCCCUGGAGUGUGGUGGCACCUUCCAGUUCCAAGACACGAUGGACGGGCAGCUGCAGGGCAGCGUGAAGCUGGCAGCCCCAGGACAGGGCAGGCUCUCAGGCGGGGCCGCGGUGUCCGGCAGCUCCAGUGCCUCGAUGGACCUGUGCACUCUGAGAGUGGCCCCCAACACCUGGGAAGCCAUGCACCACGAGAGACGCCUGCGGCAGCCUGAGCCCAAAACCCUGCAGCAGCUGCGGAGUCGGGGGGAUGACGUGUUCGUAGUGACCGAGGUGCUGCAGACACAGAAGGAGGUGGAGGUCACCCGGACGCACAAGCAGGAGGGCUCAGGCCAGUUUGCACUUCCGGGAGCCCUCUGCUUGCAGGGCAAAGGCGAGGGCCACCUGAGCCGGAAGAAGAUGGUCACCAUCCCCUCAGGCAGCACCCUCGCAUUUCGGGUGGCCCAGCUGGUUAUUGGCUCUGACUGGGACAUCCUCCUCUUCCCAGACAAGAAGCAAAGGACCUUCCCGUUGCUGCGGGCAGGCCGCAGGCCCUCCAGCAGUGCAGACGGCCAUCCGUGUUCCUGCUUCAGCUUGGCCUCCAUAAGGGCCCUCUCUGACUACUUCCAGUUCCAGUCGGAUGGGUCCAUGGAGCACUGGCUGGCGACCACUGAUGGCUUCCAGGGCCUGCGGGCAGAGGUGGAGGCCUGGGCCAUGGGCCUGGAGGGCUUGUCCAAGGGGCCAUGUGGGCGGCUGCUGGGUGGCCUGGGGCAGGUGCUAUGGGACGAGCCGGCUCUGCAAGCCCUGGAGGAGUCGCUGGAGCAGGGCCUGUGCAGUGGGCAGGUGGAGCCACAGGAUGGCCCGGUGGGCACCAUCCUCGAGUCCCUGGUGCUGCCCUCUGGACGGCUGGAAGCAGAGCUCGCAGGCCCCGUCUUCUACCUGCUGCAAGGGCUAGCAGCGCUGAGUGAAGCCCAGCACGUGCUGCUGGCUAAGGUGCUGGAGACGGGGGCCCUGUUGGGGACCUUUCGGCUGGUGGAGAGCCUUGUGGAGCAGAGCAGCCCGUGGCAGGAGCGCCAGGCUGUGUCCCUGCCGCCCGAGUGCCUGGGCGACAGCUGGGGCUCAGAGGCACCCGCCUGGGCCCUGCUGGAGGCGUGCGGCCUGGAGCCCCAGGUGGGCGCCCCCCAAGUGUGCUGGGAGCCGGGGGCCUGCAGCUGCGCGUGCGCACUUUACGCCUGCCUGGCACUGCUGCUCAGGCUGAGCCGACUCUGCUAGCCUGCGGCCCCCCCGCCACAGGCACAGCUCGCACCCACCGGCUGCCAGGAACCACACCCAGCCAUGUGGGCGGCUCUUCACAAGACCUGGGGGAUGGGGACAGCCAAUAAAUGGGACGAAUGACACACACA